CGCAGUCUGUGGGUUGGCUGGUUAUUUUGCAAGCGGGAGGGGCCUUGCGCGCUCCUGCCUCCGGCCUGUGUCCCCCACCCCCCUUCCGUGGUCCGGGUCUCUUCUUCGGGAAGAUGUCGGACACUGCCGUAGCUGACACUCGGCGCCUUAACUCGAAGCCACAGGACCUGACCGACGCUUAUGGGCCGCCAAGUAACUUCCUGGAGAUCGACAUCUUUAAUCCACAGACGGUGGGUGUGGGCCGCGCGCGCUUCACCACCUAUGAGGUUCGCAUGCGGACAAACCUACCUAUCUUCAAGCUGAAGGAGUCCUGUGUACGGCGGCGCUACAGUGACUUUGAAUGGCUAAAAAAUGAGCUGGAACGAGAUAGUAAGAUUGUAGUACCACCACUGCCUGGGAAAGCCUUAAAGCGGCAGCUCCCUUUUCGAGGAGAUGAAGGGAUCUUUGAGGAGUCCUUCAUUGAAGAAAGGAGGCAGGGCCUCGAACAGUUUAUUAACAAAAUUGCCGGGCACCCACUGGCUCAGAACGAACGCUGCCUACAUAUGUUCCUGCAGGAGGAGGCAAUUGACAGGAAUUACGUCCCCGGGAAGACUGGUGCCAGUCAUGAACUAUCAUUCAUCCUCAAUGAGUACGCAGGGCCAACAUCCAACAGGUCAUCUCCCAGAUGAAAAUGCAACUCUACCCUCAAGGCUGAAAACACCACCUACCCCUGGUGCCCCCUGCAGGAACAUUCUACGCAUGUGGGGCCACUGCUUACCUCUGCCUGCCUGCAAACUGGACGGAAUGCCUUUAAACUUCAUAUGGUCCUACAAACCAGAACUCCCUACAAACCCAUCUGAGAGGAAGAAACGGGAUGCUAACCCCUUGGUCAUCCAUCGUCCCUUUCCAACAGGAAGUAGCUAAGA